UCUGCUCUAUUUAUACUAUUCUUCAUCACCUCGCAGUAUUAUUAUCCUCACUAGGCUCUCUGCUUACUUCCUCUUUCUUAUACCCCAGUAUCCCCUCGCUAAUUUCAAUUCUUUUUGGCUUUCUUUCUUUCUUUUUUUUCUCGUCUUCUCAUCUACUUAGGUAUCUUCAAUAUCUUCAUUUUCUCUCAAUCUUGUCACAUCGCAUUAUAUCGUUUCAUACCAUAUCCACUUUCAAACUCUCCCAAAACUCCCUCAAACUCCCUUUUUACUUUGAUUCGUCUUUAUUUCCUGCUAAAAGACAUCAAUAAUCUAUCCAAAGAUGAAUUACGCUUACCGAUACGAUGACAUAAUAAUAAUACAAUCUCCCCCCUCCACUUCUAACCAUCUCUUUCAAAAAAGAUCCGAUUGCGUACAGUGUGAAGAUGACUCUCCAACUUGCAAUUGCGAAAAGGGACAAACCUGUAAAAUGGUCGUUGCAUCCUGUCAAUCAUGCGCUUCUGUUAGAUGCGUUUCCUCUUCUUCUGAUAGCAGCAACGACAACGACAACGACAACGACUCCCCAAAUAUAGCUGGAAUAGCUGGCGGUGUGGUCGGGGGUGUAGUGCUACUAAUCUUAAUCAUUUUUUUACUUUGGUGGAGACACAAGAAAAACAAGAAAAAAUUACAGGAGAUGAUGAUAUUACAACAACAACGACUUGAAAAAAAUUCCAUGCUAAAUCAAAAUUCUCCAAACUCUCAGUUCAACAACAAUAACAAUAACAAUAACAAUAACAAAAGCAAUAAUAAUAAUAAUAACAUCCAAAAUGCUCCAAUACUAAAUAAUGGCGAAUUUAUGGACCCAAGAGCUGCUACUAAUAAUAGUGUUAGAGGUAGUAUUGCAAGUGCAACUUCGACCAUCUUCUCCAGAGCUUCUAAUUUAAUUCCAAUAGCAUACAUUCCAGGUGUAAGACAAAACAAAACUGUAUCAACCUAUUCAGAUUUCUCAGAUAUCGAUGUCUCAGUAUCGGGUGACAGGUUUUCAAAGGCAACAAUUGUAGCUAAUCCCUCUGAAACCAUGACUGCAAUAAGAGCAAGACCCAAAUUAGUUAGUAUAAAUGAAAACACUUUGACCUCAAAUGAUGCCUCUGCUGCAAUAUCAGCUUCAAAAUUAGGCGGUGUUAAAGCUAUAAAAAUUAAUCAAAAAUUACCUUCCUCAACUCUUAAUAAUACUACAAAUUCAAGUAAUAACAACAACAACAAUAACAAUGUUCCAAAUAAAUCAAGUAGAUUGCAAAAUGAAUAUAUCCCAGAAAAGGACAUAACAUCUUCUGAUUCCGAUUCUGAUUCUGAUUCUGAUUCUGACUCAAAUUCAAAUUCAAAUUCAAAUUUAAACUUGGAUUCAGAUCUGGAUUUAGAUUCUCAAACUAAAAAAAAUACUCUUAAAAACAAACAAUACCAAUCAAUUAAUCCGGGAAGUAACCGGAAAACAAUGUUAUCUAAUAUCACAGAAUCAAAUGAAGGCUAUACUUCAGAUUCAGAUAUAUCUUUAAGCUCCGAAGGAAGUAUACAUACAAACAACUAUUCUACAAAAAAAGUAGAGAGCAACAGCAACAACAACAAUAAUAAUAAAAUAAAAAAUAUACUGCCUUUGCAAAUAAAAAGACCAUCCGAUAACUAUCUAAAUGCUUCAACCUCAAAUAUCUCAAAAAAAAAUAAUGAUAUUAUAGUAAAUCUAGAUUUAAAUGACUAUGAUUCAGAUUCUUCUUACAAAGAUGCUGCAUCUCAUAAAUCUCAUAUAUCUUAUAAAUCACAAACUCAUAGCCCCUUUGACGAUAAAUUCGAAAUUAAAGACAGAGAUUAAUACAUAAUCUAUUAAGGACUAAAUUUUUACAAAUUUCAAUUUUUCUAUAUUACAUUCUUAUCAAACUACAGUUCUUUUUAUUGUUCUUAUCGUAUAUUUUAUUCAAAUUCUACUAUACCAAGAUUUUAUUAUGUUUUUAUUGAAU